CCCUCUCCUCUCCUCAAACCAACCUAAACAGCCACUUCAUAGCUAGCCAAGCCCAACUUUCACCACCAGAGUGAUGGAGUUAGAGAUUCCUUCAUGGUCUUUCUAUGCUGUGGCAUGGGUCACUGCACUAGUACUCAUCUUAGUCUCUACCCACAUCCGUCGCCGGAAACUAAACCCACCUCCCGGACCAAAACCAUGGCCGAUCAUCGGCAACUUCAACCUCAUAGGUUCCCUCCCUCACCGUUCAAUUCAUAGACUCUCCCUCAAGUAUGGACCCUUGAUGCAAAUCCACUUAGGUUCAUACCCAGUCCUUGUUGCCUCCUCUGUCGACAUGGCCAAAUCAAUCCUCAAAACCCAUGACCUGAAAUUUGCUUCCCGACCAAAAACCGCCGCCGGCAAAUACACAACUUACAACUAUUCCGAUAUAACAUGGUCCCCUUAUGGACCUUACUGGCGUCAAGCUCGUAAAAUGUGUCUUAUGGAGCUGUUCAGUGCGAAACGUCUCGAAUCAUACGAGUACAUUCGUGUAGAAGAGACCCGUGAGCUCCUUAAAGGGCUUUUCAACUCCGCCGGAGCUCCGGUCAUCCUUAAAGAUCAUCUUUCUAAUGUCAGUCUCAAUGUUAUAAGCAGGAUGGUGUUGGGGAAGAAGUAUUUGGAUGAGUCUACGACGUCGAUCGUGACUCCGGAAGAGUUUAAGAAGAUGUUGGAUGAGUUGUUCUUGCUUAAUGGAGUAAUGAACUUAGGUGAUUGGAUUCCAUGGAUUGAUUUCUUGGAUUUUCAAGGAUAUGUGAAGAGGAUGAAGGUUUUAAGUAAGAAGUUUGAUUGGUUUUUAGAGCAUGUGAUUGAUGAACAUUAUGAAACGAGGAAGGGUGUGGAAAAUUAUGUGGCAAAGGAUAUGGUUGAUGUAUUGUUGCAGCUUGCAGAUGAUCCUGACCUUGAAGUUAAGCUCCAACGGAGUGGUGUGAAGGCGUUUACUCAGGACCUAAUAGCGGGAGGCACAGAGAGCUCUGCUGUAACUGUGGAAUGGGCAAUUUCUGAGCUCUUGAAGAAGCCAGAGGUCCUUGAAAAAGCUUCAGAAGAGCUAGAUAGAGUGAUUGGCAAGGAUAGAUGGGUAGAAGAGAAAGACAUCGCAAACCUUCCAUACAUCAACGCCAUUGUUAAAGAAACAAUGAGGAUGCAUCCAGUGGCACCAAUGCUAGUACCACGAAUUGCUCGCGAAGAUCUUGAACUCAAUGGUUAUGAUAUUCAAGAAGGAACUCGAGUACUUGUCAAUACAUGGACCAUAGGAAGGGAUCCUUUAUUAUGGGAAGCUCCCGAUGAAUUCCAACCAGAGAGAUUCAUUGGGAAUAUGAUUGAUGUCAAAGGACAAGAUUUCGAGCUAUUGCCAUUUGGAUCAGGAAGGAGGAUGUGCCCGGGGUACAGUCUUGGGCUCAAAGUGAUUCAAUCAAGUUUGGCUAAUCUCUUACAUGGGUUUGUGUGGAAAUUACCUAACCAAAUGAAUCCGGAGGAGUUGAACAUGGAGGAAAUUUUUGGGUUGUCGACACCUAGGAAGUUCCCUCUUAUUGCUCUUGUGGAACCUCGGCUUCCUGUUCAUGUCUAUCCUCAGUGAUUUUGUUCUAGUCUGUGGGGUCCUAAACUCCUUUCUUCUACUAAAAUUAUGUUUCUUUUGGUUUUUUAGUAGAAAGUAAAAUUAUAUGUUAGUGUUUUAUAGUUGUGAAGACCCAACCACUUGUUUGGCUCAUGUUAAAUGUAGUGAGUAUCUUUCCUAUUUCUUAUAAAUAAAACAAGAAAAAUGGUUGGCAAAA